ACUAUCAAGUAGUUAAAGAGACGUUCAGUAACGAUACUCAAUGAUUCUUUGGCGAGAAACAUUGCUUACGAAAUAUUUGUUGAAUUAUAUUUGCUCGGUGUAAAUACGCCUUUAGGCACAGCUGAUAAAGAGCUGUUUCGAGAUCAACAAGUCAGUGUUUUAUCAGCCGUUGCGUAAAAUGGCAAACCACGUGAGAAGCUUGUUUUUACAAGGUGGUCGUUUGUGUCGCAUCAACACCACGAGGCAAAUCUCCGUCUCCGCGUCUCUUCAAACAAAACCCGUUUUCAAAUGGGAGGAUCCGUUCGAUUUGGAGUCGCAGCUGACGCAGGACGAGAUCCUGAUGAGGGAUCAAUUCCGUACGUACUGCCAAGAGCGUCUUUUGCCGCGCGUGAUCGAGGCGAAUCGGCAAGAACAUUUCGAUCGGAGCAUCGUUAGGGAAAUGGGUCAACUCGGUGUACUAGGCUGCACGAUGAAGGGUUACGGUGGCGCCGGGGCGUCCUGGGUGGCUUACGGGCUUCUCGCCAAAGAGAUCGAGAGCGUCGACAGCGGAUAUCGAUCCGCGUUAUCGGUGCAGACCUCUCUCGCAUGCGGCGCAAUUGACUUGCACGGCACUAACGCUCAGAAGGAGCGAUUCCUUCCUAAAAUGAUUUCCGGGGAAAAGAUCGGUUGCUUCGGCUUAACGGAACCAAAUCACGGCAGCGAUAUUGGAUCUAUGGAGACUAAAGCCACUUACGAUUCCGACAGAAAAGUUUACAAACUGAGCGGCAGCAAAACAUGGAUUACGAAUUCACCCAUCGCCGAUGUGUUGGUGAUAUGGGCGAAAUGUGACGACGGUCAGAUCCGCGGAUUUAUCGUCGAGAGGGAAGCCGCGGGCGAUCGUUUAUCCACUCCAAAGAUCCAGGGAAAAUUCUCCCUGAGGACAAGCGUCACCGGGAUGAUUCUGAUGGACAAUGUAAUCGUGCCUGAGGAAAAUUUGUUGAAUGUUCAAGGACUUAAAGGACCGUUCAGUUGUUUAAACAACGCUCGAUACGGCAUCAGUUGGGGCGCGUUGGGCGCGGCAGAGACUUGCCUGAAGAUCGCGCGAUCGUACACCCUCGAUCGGAAGCAGUUCCAAAGGCCGCUGGCGGCGAAUCAACUCGUGCAGAAGAAACUGGCGGACAUGAUGUCCGAGAUCGCGCUCGGUCUUCAGUCUUGCCUGCGAGUCGGUAGAUUGAAGGACGAGAACAGAAUCGCGCCGGAAAUGAUUUCCAUCUUAAAGAGAAACUCGACCGGCAAAGCGCUCGAGAUUGCGCGUUCCGCGAGAGAUAUGCUGGGUGGAAAUGGGAUUUCGGAUGAGUAUCACGUAAUCAGACACGUGAUGAAUCUGGAGACCGUGAAUACUUAUGAAGGCACGAGCGACGUUCACGCGUUAAUUCUCGGAAGGGCAAUUACGGGUAUUUCUGCAUUCGCGGGAUGAAUGAUUCUUUGAACAAAAUUAAGAGAACUGUGCGUAAUACGCAUGCCAUCAAUCCUUAUUUGUAUAAUUGAUUGAAGUUUUGUAAUUAAUAUUGAAAAUAUAAAAAUUUUUUUAUAUCCCU